CUUUUUGGAUAGAUUGGUCGGUUCAAAUUGACAUUCUGUUGGGGCCUCAUUUGAGUUUUUCUUAUUACAUUUUGCUCACACUUCGUAGAAGUGGGGUUGCGUUUGCUAGAAACCCUAAUCACGAGGAUUCAUGUCUAAUCAGGCGCAAAUAUUUAGUUGUUUUGCUUAGAACAAACCUUUGAGAAAUGGCACGAUACCCCUCAAUUGACAUUCAUCUGGGGUCUCUUGUGAUUUUCUGUUUCAGCAUUCUUUAAUUGUGCAUCUUUAUUUGCGAAUGAUGUUGAUAUAUUAGGGCUUUUAUUCUAGUCGCUUGUUAAACAAAACACCUUUAUUGUACAUUUGUACUGAUAGUUUAUAGUGGAAGUUUGCCUUGAUCACAAAAAGUGGAAUUUGAUUAGAGGGUUUGAAGACAUUCUGCUACUUAUAAGCUAUAACAAUUUGUCCUUGUAAAUGUUCGUUAGAAAUUCCAAGGAGAGGCCUUCUUACAUCCGCCUCAUGCUAGCCAAUUUAAGUGUGUUGUUAAUUGUUAUGAUGUUCUUUGAUAUGAGGAUGAGUAGUUUAGUUGAGAGACUUCGUGUUAGAUCGGAUUCAAGGCCCCGCUAUAGUUUGGAUGAAUCUGACGAUGAGGCGGACCUUUUGCACGGGAAAUCCAAGAAGCCAGAGCAAUUUGAGAAGAUUGUCAGAGAUGAUGCGAAAGAGGAAUCAUGUCACGCUUGUGGCGAAUCUGGGAAUCUACUAAUUUGUGAAACAUGCACUUACGAGUACCACCCUAAGUGUUUACUACCACCUCUAAAAGCUCCGCUUCCUACCAGCUGGAGGUGUCCAAAAUGUGUUAACCCUCUGAAUGAUAUAGAAAAGAUUUUGGACUGUGAAAUGCGGCCUACGGUUGCUGAUGAUAGUGAUGCCUCCAAGCUGGGUUCAAAGCAGAUAUUUGUGAAACAAUAUCUUGUGAAGUGGAAAGGACUAUCUUAUCUCCACUGCACAUGGGUGCCGGAAAAGGAGUUUAUAAAAGCUUACAAGGAGCUUCCUCGCUUAAGGACAAAAGUAAACAAUUUCCGCAAGCAGAUGCCUGUGGGCAGCAAUUCUGAAGAUGAUUUUGUCCCAAUUAGACCAGAGUAUACAAUGGUUGAUCGGAUUCUUGCUUGCAGGCAAGAUGACGAGGAGAAGGAAUAUCUAGUCAAAUGGGUGGGGCUUAACUAUGAUGAAUGUUAUUGGGAAUCUGAAUCGGAUAUCUUGUCAUUUCAACAACAAAUUGAGAACUUUAAUAGAUUGCAGUCGAGAUAUCGGAAACUAAGGAAGCAGAAAAGCAACAAUCGUGAUGCGACAGACGCAAAAAAGAAACUAAAAGAUUUUCAGCAAUUUGAAAAGAGUCCCGAAUUUCUUCCUGGAGGUGAGCUCCAUCCAUAUCAGCUUGAAGGAUUGAACUUCUUGCGUUUCUCAUGGUCCAAACAAACACACGUGAUACUAGCAGAUGAGAUGGGUCUUGGAAAAACGAUACAAAGUAUUGCCUUUCUAGCCUCUCUAUAUGAAGAGAACGUCGCUCCACAUAUUGUAGUAGCACCACUUUCUACAUUGCGGAACUGGGAACGUGAAUUUGCCACAUGGGCACCUCAUAUGAAUGUUGUUAUGUAUGUUGGAACGGCUGCUUCUCGUGCUGUCAUACGAGAAUAUGAAUUUUACUUUCCCAAGUCUCAUAAGAAGGACAAGAAGAAGAAGUCCAGUCAUGGGACAAGUGAAAGUAAGCAAGAGAGGAUAAAAUUUGAUGUGCUAUUGACAUCUUAUGAAAUGAUCAAUAUAGAUAAUGGGUCGUUGAAGGCAAUAAACUGGGAGACCAUGAUAGUGGAUGAAGGCCAUCGUCUUAAGAAUAAGGAUUCGAAGUUGUUUUCUUCAUUGAAGCAGUUUAACACCAGACAUCGUACAUUAUUGACUGGAACCCCUCUUCAGAACAACUUGGAUGAGCUUUUCAUGCUUAUGCAUUUCCUUGAUGCUGGGAAGUUCUCAAGUUUGGAGGAGUUUCAGGAAGAGUUCAAGGAUAUUAAUCAAGAAGAGCAGGUUUCAAGGCUCCAUAAGAUGUUGGCCCCCCAUCUUCUAAGAAGAGUGAAGAAAGAUGUCAUGAAGAAGCUACCUCCUAAAAAGGAGCUCAUUUUACGUGUGGAAUUAAGUAGCAAACAGAAAGAGUACUACAAGGCAAUUCUAACUCGUAACUAUCAGAUAUUAACUCGCCGAGGAGGUGCCCAGAUUUCUCUCAUCAAUGUGGUUAUGGAAUUGCGCAAGCUCUGUUGUCAUCCUUUUAUGCUGGAGGGAGUUGAACCGGAAGACACCAAUGAAUUUUACAAACAACUGUUGGAUUCUUCUGGGAAAUUGCAGCUUUUGGACAAAAUGAUGGUGAAGCUCAAAGAACAAGGACAUCGAGUUUUAAUAUAUACACAAUUUCAGCACAUGCUGGAUUUGCUUGAAGAUUAUUGUAAUUACAAGAAAUGGCUAUAUGAACGAAUUGAUGGAAAAGUCAGUGGUGGGGAAAGACAAGUUCGAAUUGAUAGGUUCAAUGCCAGUAAUUCUUCUAGAUUUUGCUUUCUGCUAUCUACUAGAGCCGGCGGUCUGGGCAUAAACCUUGCCACUGCAGACACAGUUAUUAUUUAUGACAGUGAUUGGAAUCCUCAUGCUGAUCUACAAGCCAUGGCCAGAGCUCAUCGCCUUGGACAGAAAAAUAAGGUGAUGAUAUUUAGACUCAUAACAAGAGGAACAAUUGAAGAAAGGAUGAUGGAGAUGACCAAGAAGAAGAUGGUCUUAGAGCAUUUGGUUGUUGGCAAGCUUAAAAAUCAAAACAUCAAUCAGGAAGAGUUGGAUGACAUCAUAAGGUAUGGGUCAAAGGAAUUAUUUGCUGAUGAGAACGAUGAGGCUAUGAAAUCAAGACAAAUUCAUUAUGAUGAUGCAGCAAUAGAUAGAUUGCUUAACCGUGAUUACACUGAAGAAGAAAAUGCUGCAAUGGAUGAUGCAGAAGAAGAUGGAUUUUUGAAAGCAUUUAAGGUGGCAAAUUUUGAGUACAUCGAGGAGGCAGAGUCAAGGGUGGAAGAGGAAAUACAAGAGCCAUUGGCAGAGAACAAAAGUGCAGCAAACAAUCCAGAAAAAGCAAGUUAUUGGGAGGAGUUGCUAAAAGAUAGAUAUGAAGUGCAUAAAAUUGAAGAGUUCAAUUCUAUGGGCAAGGGAAAAAGAAGUCGUAAGCAGAUGGUGUCUGUUGAAGAUGAUGAUCUUGCUGGGUUGGAAGACGUAAGUUCUGAUGCAGAUGAUAAUUAUGAAGUGGAGUUGUCUGAUGGGGAUAAUUCAGCUGGAAUAGCACCUGUGAGAAAGCCCCACAGGAAGAAAACACGUGUUGAUAAUGCUGAGCUACUCCCUCUUAUGGAAGGUGAAGGGAGAGCCUUCAGAGUACUGGGAUUUAAUCAAAGUCAAAGGGCUCAAUUUGUUCAAAUCUUGAUGAGAUUUGGGGUUGGAGACUUUGAUUGGGCAGAAUUUACUUCACGCUUAAAGCAGAAGAGUUAUGAGGAAAUAAAAGUUUAUGGAACUCUCUUUUUGUCACACAUUUCUGAAGAUAUUACAGACGCAUCGACUUUUUCAGACGGUGUUCCAAAAGAAGGGCUAAGAAUAGAGGACGUACUUGUCAGGAUUGCAGUUCUGCUUCUUGUAAGAGAUAAAGUGAAAUGUUCUUCAGAGAAUCCAUCUGCUCCCCUUUUUUCAGAUGACAUCGUUUAUCGGUAUCCAGGAUUAAAAGGUUUAAAAUUUUGGAAGGAGGAGCAUGAUCGGAUCCUACUCCGUGCUGUGUUGAAGCACGGUUACGGAAGAUGGCAAGCUAUUGUUGAUGAUAAGGACUUGAGGGUUCAGGAAGUCAUCUGUCAAGAGUUGAAUCUUCCGGGUGUAAAUCUAAGUGUCCCAGGAGCUUCUCAAGCUCAGUUUGCUGCCGCGGCGCCUGGAGGUCUUGAAGCUCAAGCAGCCACUUCUCAAGCACAAGAUUCUGCUACUGCAAAUAAUGCAUUAUAUCACUUCAGAGAGAUGCAGAGAAGACUGGUUGAGUUUGUCAAGAAACGUGUCCUCCUUCUAGAAAAAGGACUUAAUGCCGAAUACCAAAAAGAAUACUUUGGCGAUGAAAAGCCCAAUGAGAUUCGAAAUGAUGAUAUGGAGACUGAACAAAAGGUUGUAGACAGAGCAAGUACAGGCCACAAUGAGACAUGUUCCCAGAUGAUUGGGCAUUUACCUCGACUCGAAGUUAUCCCUCCAGAAGAAAUAUCAGCGACUGCUUGUGAUGAUAAAACAGAUCGUUUGGCAAUGGGGCGCCUUUAUAAUGAGAUGUGCAGGAUAGUUGAGGAAAAUGCGGUGGAUGCGGUUGAGGCAUAUAUGGCGAACAAAUCUACUGGUUUCAAGCUGAGAAAGAAUCUUCAACCGCUAGAAGCAAUACAUGAAGAAGUCGGUAAAAUCCUGUCGACCGUGCAGGCGGAUGGUGUAACGGGAAAUGAAAAGAGCAACGGUGACGUGGCAAGUUCGAGUCCAGGUCAGCAUGAAGGCAGUCCAGUGAAUGGGAGUAGAAAUGAUGGUGGUGAUGUGGUAAUGGAAGAUGGUGAUGGUGAUGGUGAUGAUAAGUCAAAUGAAGGCCAUGGUGUGAUUGUUUUGGAGUAGAAAGAUGGUGGUGAUGGUGGUGGUGGUAAAGGGUGUUUUGGUUUGGGAAGUGUUUUUAUAGAAGAAAUAUUGGGGGUUAGAUGUUUGUGGCAUGAUUAAUUACAGUUUACUAAUCAAGUUUAUGAGAAUUAGGAGCUUAAUUAAUUAAAGCCUCUCUGUAAGUUGUUCUAAUAGUUUGAUAGUUGACUUUGUGUUUUGACCAUAGACAAACUAAUAUAACAAUUCAA